AUGAUAGCCGUAAAAGAACGAGAGAUAGAAAUUGGGUACCCGACGGAUGUGAAGCAUGUAUCUCAUAUCGGGUUGGAUAGUACGUCUCCAUCCGGUUCGAACCCGAGCUGGAUGAAUGAAUUUAGAACAGGCGAUGUGAGUGAAAGAAGAGAUUCCAGUUCAACCGCCGUAACUGCUCUCACUCAUUGGUCCACUCAUUCCCAAGAAUUCGAUGUUUCAAUAGGUUACCAAUCGGCAUCCGACAUGUCGAUGGAGCUUCAGCAGCCACGACUUCCAAAGAAACCAAAGAAAAAAAGGAAUUGCAAGAACAACAAAGUCAAAAGCUUCCUGCAAUAACAAAUUAAUGGCUCGGUUUUUCCAGAAUUCGUCACAACUUUUCAAAGCCUGGAUGUUUCUGUUCGUGGGAGUGAAAAUUUCUAAAUUUCUAAAUUUCUAAAUU